AUGCACGUACUUCAGUUGCCUGUUGACAUCCUUAUUGCAAUAUUUUCUCAUCUGACAGCUUCCAGAGACCUGUACUCCUGCAAUCAAAUAUGUCGAGCAGUCCACAAUUUAUUCCGAUCUUCUCCCCAGCUUUACCACAAACUUUCGCUAGCGCGAGCCAGUUUGGCGGAUACCCUCUAUGGUGUGCAGAAUAAAUCACUUCAAGAUCGGACGAGACUCGUACUCGAGUUGGAACAGCGUUGGUGGUCACGAGCCCUUUCAUCGCGUCGGCAGCUCAAAAUUCCUCUCGAUAACCCAUGCAUCGAAUAUCAGAUUUGCAAUGGUGUGAUAGUCACUGGAGUACUCUCAUCUACAGGCGAUUCGCUUCAAGAAUUGCAAGUAUAUCGACUCCCAUCGUAUCUUACUGGUCUGAAAUCUAAACUCUGGAGGCAUAAGCUCGAAAAGGAUAGCAGUGUUCGCCAGCUCAAAGUGGAUCCCUCGCAAGAUCUCUUGGUCCUGACAGGAGUUGGGCCGCCUGACUCUGGGGAUUUGGGUUUGCACCUGCGAACGUUAUCUACAAACGACAGCCAUCCGGCCGCUUCUUUGGCCACACUAUCCCUGAAGGGAGUUUUGCCUACGCAACCAUUCAUGCAUCCUUAUUCCCAGGGUCGAAUAGUCGUACGUAUAUGCCAAGACAUUCUUGGAGUCCUCACCAACCCAGAUUCAACCGACCCUGUGACUGAAAGCUCGGUCCAAAGUCUGGUCAUCUGGCAAUGGACUAGUGGUCAACAACUUCUGACACUGCCGCAGCUGGAUAACUUGCUUAUCAACGAUUUAACGUUUCUUGGACGGCAUACCAUACUGUUAACUCACUCGACUACACCAAAUGGGCCUGGUAUAAGUGUCCUGCACCUCGCCCUCGGACAACCGUACGCGAAUAGCCCUGUCACUUCGACUGCGCCCAUGAACUCUCUGGAAACUUCGACGUUCUUUCACUUCCCUUCGCCUCCAAUUUGUUCCCACGAAUGCAUAAGAAUGGGGAGCAUAAAAAUUACAAGUGAACCACCGAUUGAUAUCUCCUGGCCCGCCCUCGAGGGCAAGAAUCAUGUUCCGAGGGUAUUCACUCCUGAUCCUUCGGAGGCUACCAGCAUCGUCGCCUUCUCCUUAUCCAUCUACGUAAGGGCCUUCGGCUCCACGAGGACCAACACUAUUAAGCACACACUUCUUACACGGGCUUCGGUUUUCAGCACAUGUACAGCUCCUUACUCGAAGCGUUCCUACACAUUCGACGAAUGGAGCUCUGAAGAUACCUACUGGUUCUCGGGAGAACCUGGCUUUAUUCAUGGCCAACGAUAUACUCUUACAUCCUUCCAGCAGCCUCGGACGAACGUUGAGAUCUACGAUUUUAAUCACUGCCAUGCUGAGAUUCCUGAUUCUGGUUGGUUCGCGCUGCUCAAGGAAGGAAACUCCAAGUUGGCCCAUGGGAUUGUACCCAAGCUUAGCGCUCAUAGGACGAGAUGCGGCCACAAGCGCUAUCUAGACAGCGAGCUGAAAUCGACGAUGCAUUGUAAGCGACAGUGCAUGAAAGCUGGGCUUGCGCGUCUACAUGAUCGUGUUAUAAGCGCACUAGACGGUGAAAGUGUAAUCACCAUCGAGUUUGAAAGAGGCGGUCUAGUUCGUGGGUUCGUCGCCUAUAAUAUCUGA